AUGUCAAAAACUACCCACAUUAGGUGAGAUGAUAUCAAUCAUCUGAAGUCCAAAACCAUGGUGGAUAUACUGCCGCCUGGGCCCGCGCUGCGCGUGGCCGUUGUCUAUAACAGUUUUCUAGGAUCUAGAGGCAUACCUUCCACAACUUCUUUAAAUAUGGGUGACAAGGCCUUCAGAUAGCAGUGCGGCGUGCGUGAGAGGACAGACCACAACCUCACCUUCUCCCUCAUAGUCAGCUCGUUAUUCUCAAUUGCCGCAUAAACUGUGCUUGCACUGCAAACACGGGAGUCUUGAGCACUUAUAUCGCUGAAUCUAUCUGCAGAAUUGUAAUAUUCAGACUUACCGUUGUCCACCGUGUAUUCUGAUCCUGACCUUAGCGUCGAAAAUGACGAAUCGAACGACACUGAGGCAGCCUUUACCCUUACAUUCCCCACCUCCUGAUGCCUUUUUUAACUUACUGCGCGAUAGUCCUCCAAAGGCUCUCUUAGGAACAUGUAAAUGUGUAAGCACAAAUAAAAAUACAAAAAGUAAACGGGUGGGUAGAUAACAAUAUUAGACAGAAAAGUGUAUUGUCGAGUAUGCUUUCCACCAGGAAGACUUGGCAGUUUCGACUUUGCCUUGUUAGUGCGCUCGACAUCAAUUAAUUACCUUCCCAGUCGCAAUUCACUGAUGCGCUGUGAUCGGGAACACGUGCCGACGGGGAGGAAUGUCUCAACUUACCCCAGCAAAUGUACACUAUACCAUGUAUUGAUUCUAUUUUCCCGCCUUCCUCUCAAAAGAUAUACUCUCUUUACCCGUUACGUCUUUGAACAUUGUUCUCUACUACCGCCCACGCGCCUAUCAGUCAUAACGCUAAGCUGUUAAUAGGAUGGAGGUGAUGAUGAAUCACGGUUAUUUCCGCGUAGGUCCGUGGGAAGCGUAGAUUAAGUAGCGCAAAACUCAUAACUGUGGAAAAAUAUGUCGAUACACAACUUCGUUGCGGCGUUAUAUCAGACUUGUCCCACUGCCUGAUAUGAAGACCACAGUAAAAGCCUGAACGCCUCAGACCAUGUUCUGCUAUGGGUGACUCAAUGCUCCCAACAGCCGAGUAGCAUGACGUCAUGUCUGGUAGCUUUGUUUCGCAAUACACAGUGCGUCCCUACGUAGCACAUAUAAAAUUUAAAGAGUCACCUGAACUGGUCGUUAGGCCGUGGUUGAUCUUUAACUAAGGAGCUGCCAGGGCAUUUCAAUAAGGGUUUCGACUGCCACAGCUAGCCUACAGAUGAGCACAUCGGUCCAAAAAGCAGCGAAGACUCGCGGUAUUAUUCCCCCAUAACGUUUCAUAACUAUCGGCGACGCAUGCAUAAUGUGGUGUUGGUAUUUCCAUCUGAAAAUGCUGUGGCUACUCUGUCCGAUUAAGUCAAUUUCGGUGGCAACUAGUACGAGUAUGCAAACGAAGGUCAAUACUUCUUGCCGUUGAGACUGUGAUGUGUCGAUAAGCAGGUCAUUAAAAGAAAAUCGCACCCACUUGUGCAAGGAAUGCUGUUCGGCGAUAAAGUUCGCUUGCAAGACAGGAUGCAGGGGUAUAAUUUUGCUUCAGGGAUCUAGUCUAGAGCUCUUGCAGCUGGUCGUAGCAACUAGCUAACAGCAAUUAGCAAGUAUUACGAAAAGAUGCACCAGAGAGUGGGAUGGUCAUUUCCGGCGUAGAAUUGCAAAAAUUCCCCCGAAAGGAUUCAAAAGACUAGUUGGCGAGCAAACGUUUGCCGUCGAUGAAUUCUCGUCGGACCAUAUAAGUUUAUUGGCCCGAGGAGAGUAUAUCGAAAGCGAGCGUAUUCUUGCCAAUUAUUCUUCCGAAAUUUUGGUGUACCCUAACGCAGACUGGGAAGACCGAGGUCCGAAGUGCCCACUACGACUUGAGUCAUUGGCUUUCCCUCUCUUGGCUUCAGUCGAGAUCUAGAGCUGAGCUCUGAAGCAGCCUCCGUUUUCCGAGCCGCAGCCAGGCCAAACCGAUGAAAGCCAUGCGACUGAAAGUCACCAUUAACGUCGGACGGAGCGGGGGCCCGUAACUCAAUGAUCCGCUAGUUCCGAUUGCCAGCUUUGGGCUACUUUAGCCCCGGCUUUGGGAUGGAACCAGUUGAUAACAGAGAAUGAACCGAAAUUUACCGUUCCUUUUUCCAUGACCUUUAGUGUAAUGCUUCUGUAAUACCCUAAUUAGGUCAAAAUAAGACCAGGUGGAGGGUUGAUGGUCAACAGAAUUUUCUUUUAUAUUUAAAUGUUCAACCUUCAUUUCUUACUUUGCCUCCAUCUUGCAGACUAGCUCUUACGGUGAGCUCCUAAAGCAAUUUUGUCGAAAGUUAAGGUGCUGCCCACGAGUGAAUACUUUUCCAUUGGUGAACCGAAGCACCUCCAAAAUUGUUCCUGAAGUAGGAGUCAAGUCCGACCUUUUGGCGCCGGAAACUGUGAGUGGUCAAGGGGAUGGCGAAAAACCUCGGGCAAAAUCCCGAAAAGACCUCCAGCUAUCUGCCCUUAGGCAGCAACAGCGGCAGCCCAUAAAGUACUAUUCAGAAAAUGGUCUUCGCAAGGUGGGUAAAAAGUUGACGUGACGAGGUUGCAGGUUGUUCCCUACUACUACACAUUCACAGCAUUUUGCAAACGGCGGUGGGUUGGACAAAAGCUGUAUGACGUCCUUGUCAACGAGUUCAAUUUCGACAAUGAAGAGAUGAUUGUAGGUUUUUGAAUCGUCUCCUCGACAACUCUCCUUUCCUAGAAACACCGCAUGACUUGUGGCCAGAUCAAGGUAAAUGGAAGUCCCGUAGAACUUGACUAUACGCUGCGAGACUCGGACCUUGUGGAGCACUACCUGCACCGGCAUGAACUGCCGGUUUUGGGUGAGCUUUUGCCAUCAUUCUCAUUCCUGUCGUUGCCUUAUUUAGAUGAAGAGAUUAAAACCGUCUUCGAGGAUGACCAACUUCUUGUCGUAAACAAGCCCUCUUCGUAUCCUGUCCACCCAUGUGGCCAGUUCCACCACAACACACUGGUGAAAGUCUUAUACAACGAGAGGGGCCUUUCCAACCUUCACGUCAUUCACAGACUGGAUAGGUGAGUUUUCGCUUUUUUGUACAUAUUUGGGUAUCCUUAAGAGUUUCUGAUCCAACUACUCGGAGGUGCUCACGACUUUAUAUGGGGUUUUGUUCAAGUUCAACAACAAUACCCCUUUAGCAUUACUGGAAGACUUUAGGUCUUUCUCGUUUGCAUUUAUUUGCGCCAACGCCAGAUAGUGGUAGGGCAUAAUGGGCGUCCUGUGGAAGUGGGGUGGGAGAGAGGUGGAUCAGGUCUAAGAUAUCUGACGCAGACAGCAUUACCCUUUGAUGUUAAGUCGAAAGAGGACUCUGCAUGUCUGAUUCGCAUUAGGGCAUCCGAAGUCCAGGCACACUAACGGAUUCUAAGGAUUCGCUGUACGCUAGUGGUAGAAGACCUCCCACCUGAGGAGUCAUCAGUCGCCGUUGCAGAACAACAUCGCCGGAAUUUCUCCGUCCUUCUCCGUCGCGCUCAAGUACUCUAUGUCUUCACUUUCUUCAAUGAGGUUUAUGCCGACAUUACAAGGACAAUUUAAGCUUUCGCAUAUUCAUCGGCACCUUAGCUGCAGUGGUAAUAGCAUCGGCUUGGCGGAAGUGAAGAUGCCGGACUUGGAGAAUACGCUGACUCGAGUGUAUUUGGCGUUCUCGACUGAAACACUAAUUCAAGAUUCGUUAUAUUUUCAGGAAAACUCCUAGCUACAGUUUUAACCUUUUAGAACUGCCUACAAAUCACACUCGUUUGCAGCUUCGAAUUACUUUUAACUUGACUUCGUCAGAUUUAUCCGUAGAUUUUAAAAAUCGGUGACUUGACCGUAGUUCAGCGCCUUUCUGUUGGCCUUCUAUAACUCACCUCAUUGACACUUGGUGGCUAGCGAUUACCUUCCACAACCGCAUAGCGGCAAAGUCACUGUCAUGGACGUUUUGGUCUUAUCGCAGACUCGAUAAACUACUUCUUUAGCAGUUAACCUUCGAUUUAGGACUGUUAAAUUAUCUGCAACCAGUGGACACGCUGAGUGGUACUCAGCUACACCAACUGGUUGGUUCCCUCUCUCCGGGACCCCUGUGGGCCCGGACGUACAUGAUUUGAUGGUUUUGCUGCUUCGAGAGGUAUGACAGACUGUCUUCCUGUCCGAUUUGAACUCGGAUGUGCCCGAUUUGAGGUUGGUAGAUGAGUGACUGACGAUGAAGAAUAAACUUAGAUUGGUUACUGCAGUUUGCCUUGUAUUUGUUGAUAAGCAUUUUCGAUUACUUACUCGACCACAAAUGUUCAAAAAGGGAAUAGAAUACCAAAAGUCCAUAGAAUUUAGUCAGCAGACCCUGGAGUCUAAUUCCGCCAUCAAAAAUAUUGUCAGAGCUCGUUUACAAACGAGUAACCUUAUUUAACUUUAUGUGGCCUGCCUGUUUCAGGAUGACUUCCGGUCUCGUUCUGAUUGGUAAAACGUACGAAUCUUCGUUGAAACUUUCCACCGAGAUCAGCGAAAGAAACGUAUGCAAGGUAAGAUUUUGGCUAGCUGUCGCAUGACCACCGUCAUCUAUGUAGCAAAUUAUUUCCAUGAAAAUAUUUCUUUCGAAUACAAAGCUACUGCUUUGUUGGUACUCCUUACCAUAUGUAUGUGCAUUGUUGUUUCAUCGUCGCAAACGAAUUAAGGCUUAUGACAAGAGCAUUAAGAAAUUAACCCGAAGUCCUUGAAUUUCUUUCCAAAAGUUGCUAAUUCUCAACACUGAGCUGUUCUUACUUCACAAGUGAUAGGCAGACUUUUGACCUUUAUAUUAUGACCCAGUUUCGUCGAGUUUUCCGUCCUGCACUGAUCUACGUGAUAGACAACCAGAUUGGAUGUUUCGGCACUUUUGUAAAUCAUCCCUUUCCUUGCCACUGUAGUACUACGUCUGCGAAGUCGAGGGAAAGUUCAGGGGUCCAGAGCAGAACGCGAGUGAUUCACCCGCCCCAGUCAUCGUCGAUCAACCUCUUGGCCGAUUGAGCCAGAAAAUGGGUCUGAAUGCCGUGAUGCCAGAGAGCGAAGGGGGUAAACCGUCGAAGACAUCCUUCAUUCGAUUGGCCUGGAGGAAACCAAAAAGUGCCGAGGAUGCAGGCAGCAGUAUUGUGCUUUGCCGCCCCCAUACUGGUCGCACACACCAGAUUCGGGUUCACGCUCAAUACCUGGGUUAGUACAAUUCGAUGUAAUUAACUUGUCUACUGUCGUUUUGUUAGUACCACUUUAUACAGCAGUCUUAACAUUUACUCUCCAAAGACCGUUUAAAUGUUAUCGACCUACUCUCCAUUCAGGGUUCCCGCUGGUUGGCGAUCCUCUGUACAAUUCAUACGACUGGGGUCCAACAAAGGGUGCAUUCGCAGACUACCUUCAACCGCGCUCCGCCCUUAUUGAGGCCUUGGCCGCUUCCCGCAGCAGAAGCGCCUAUCUCCAGGGCGCCGUAAGUGAUGUUAGGAGUGUCUACACUUUUUGCUCCGGCAUAGUGUCUGUAGCUGUGGGGUAGAAGGGCCCUACCUCACUGCUAGGUAGCACAUCUUAAGUAUGACAGCUGAGGAUUUUUGCUUGCUACCAGCUGGGCGAUUCUACUUCAUGUCAUGCAUAUAUUUUGCCCUUCUGUUCGUGCAUUCGGCCUUACAAAACAGAAAUAAGCAUCUGGUAUUAUUUACUGAAUCCCACACUUGGACGAAUGCAGUGGGCUGAAGACGAUUGACAAACAACCGUUUGCCUCGACCCUGUUUGCGUGUUCAAGAUUACUUCACUUUCACUGUGAACAGAUUGCCGAAGCAUAAUACUACACCAGUUGUUGCAGUAACGAUCGAUUGAUCACAAAGUCAGCUAUUUCCGAUGUUUCCGUUUUUUACCAUCUUUCUGUUUCACAGAUAUUUUGGGGUUCUUACUUGACCACACGCAUAGCCAUUCAUCCUGGACUUAUCAGGCGUACUUACAGAACAUGUCAAUUUUUGCACAUGGAAUGCGACACUUGAUGAGUUUCGGGACGUCUUUUCUUUGGGACAAGACCAGGACCAGGAAAUCUUGCCUUGCGUGCACAGCUUUUGGCUACCUCGAUUGAACAGGUGUUGUCGGGAUGUUGUCUAUUGUGGCCAAACUGGGAAAUCUAGGUCAGUAUAGGUCAGUAUAUUUUAAGAGUAAUAGGCAAUGCCUUUGAAAACCCUAUUGUAAACGGUACAUGCAAUAUCUCACUAUAAAUAAACAUGGUACUGAAAUGCUGUCAGUAAUAUACACAUUCAACAGAAUAUUUCCACGAAAAUGUAGUACCAAAACUUGAGAACAUUCAGUUGUAGAUGAUUUCAGUAAAAUGUAAUGACAGUCAUCCGCAUUAGCGGUAUGAGUAUGCAAGGCGUUGGUUUAGCACCACAGAGCUGUUCUGUUCAGACAAGCGAUAGUGUCCAAGCAAAUAUGCAUUGAGUCUUUGCUGGAACGUCUCCGUGGUAUCCGCCAUUAUUACGUCCUCGGGAAGCCCGUUCUAGGUACCGACGACUCGCUGUGAAAAACAGUAUUUGCGAACGUCCAGGCGGCAUCGGAAUCCUCUAAGUUUUAGAGAGUUCCCACGCAGGUUUGUUGUUGUGGCCAGGGUGAAGAAAUCGUCGGGGUUUAGGGCACAUUCCCGGUUCCUCAAUAUCCGAUAGGCCUGUAUGAGAUCUUCUCGAACCUGCCUGUACUCAAGAGGAAAAAGUUUAAGUUCCCUAAGUCGGCAGUUGUAAGGUAAAGUCCUGAGGCCUUUUACAAUUUUUGUUGCUCUCCUCUGAACUCUUUCUAGCAACUUACUGUCUCAAUCCGUAUCCAAGAACACCAGCUAGCGGUGAGGAGAUGAGAUAAUCUAUGUCAGGUUCCCUAAGUCGGCAGUUGCAAGGUAAAGUCCUGAGGCCUUUUACAAUUUUUGUUGCUCUCCUCUGAACUCUUUCUAGCAACUUACUGUCUCAAUCCGUAUCCAAGAACACCAGCUAGCGGUGGGGAGAUAGAAUAAUCUAUUUCAGGUGACCAUGCAUACACUGAGCAUAAAUUUGCGUGGGAGAUCACGGGCAUUUUUGACGCCUGCCCAAUAAGCAAAGGCCGUGAAUUCCUGGAAGCAAUAUACUCAGAUGAAGCAUGCAUCAAUCGGCAUGUCCAUUCAGAUACCACGAAACAAUUUCUGAAGGACAUAUGGCAGCAAGCGCAGCCAAUACUGAGGGCAUGACGAAGUACAAUUACGCGCACUGACGCAAGUUUCGGUCAACCGCAGAAUCGCUUGAUAGACAGGACUGACCGUUUCCGUACAAGUCCCGUAAGUCUGACGACAGCUGGGGAACCAGUCUCGAAAACCUACCCAGUAAAGGUUUGUUUGCUCCCGAGGAAUCGCCUUAAGAGCAAGCGAAUUAUGGGUCGAAUUUCGGAAAAAGCGACGAGUCACAACCUUUUUGUGGGUCAUCGAGUCAUGUGAACAUCGCUUUUAUCAAUAGUCUCCACGGAAACCUUAUGAAAUGCCUUGUCCACUUUUUCUGACGCUCAUUUUAUACAUAGGCUUUCAUACCCUUAAUCAGCUCGCAUACUAGUUUCCGCACAGCAUGCUUCUCGACUACCGACCCACUUGCUGAGAUUUUUAUACAAAUCAGUUACACCGGGAGGAGAAAACAGCCAGUCGUAACCUGACCCAGACUUGCAAAGUCGAAUUCGACUAGUAGGCGGGACUCCGCAGUUUUUUGCGCUUUCUUAAGUGAUACGAUACUAUAUAGUAUGUUAUCGUCCACAGUGACGCUGUGGAGGAAUUAUUCUAAGCAUUAGAAGGGGAAGGAGUCGUACCGUUGGAUGAAAAUUUCGCAUUUCCGCGGUCAUGCAAAACGGGGAAUUGUAAAAAGCGUGGAUUAUAACAACUUUUGAUUUCUUAAUCGGGUUUGUAUUUUCUAGAUUCUCACAGCCCUGUAAAACCGACAGAAGUGUGCCUGCCUUGUGGUUCGAAAGCGAAAUGACUUUAUCCACGCGGCGCCGAAACCACACUAAGGGCACGCUCCCGUGUUUGAACUCGUCAAACUUUGGUUUGCCCCUUCCUUCUUCAUCUCCCUCCGUCAGCCUCCUAAUAGUAAAAACAAUGGUCGUCGUCGCCGUCACUACUACUACUACUACUACUACUACUACUACUACUACUACUACUACUACUACUACUACUACUACUACUACUACUACUACUACUACUACUACUACUACUACCACCACCACCACCACCACCACCACCACCACCACCAAAGCAGCAACAACCACAAAACCCCCCGCAUCAGUGCCAAGUGUCUUAUAACUGGGCCUAGAGAUUUCUGGGCUUUCAAAACAACAUAACUCGAUUUUAAUGUGAGAAUUGAACUAGACAGAUUGUUCGGUAGUUUCUUGUCACUCCUUCCACGCUCUUCAGAGGUUUCUUUUCCCCGUCCGUCGCACGCAGGCCAAUAACGCUGGAUUCUUUUUCCAAAUGUGCUCCCACCUUUGCAGAUGGGACUUUUUCUAACGCCCCGCUUAUAUUCUAUGCCAGUUUUCUGUUUUUCACACGAGUCUAAAGAGGCCAAACUUUCCUUUACAUCUGGGUUAAAUAUCCCUCUAAGACAACCUGCUCGUUUUACAAGUUUUUCACGUAUUAGCGAGGAGCCUUCACUUAAAACCCCAUUCUUAUGAACGAGUUUUCCUCUAAAUGUUUUUAAAAGUGUUUGAAUUUAGCCAAAAGCAAGUUUAUUAGGGCAAAACAUGAAAAUGUGAAAUUUACCCAACCAGAAAACGUGGGUCCUCGAACAGAAGUUAACUACUGAUCCCUACUGGUCACCUACACUAAAGUAAACCGCCCGUGGUCGGUUUUUUUAAAAGUCAACUAAUCCGGCGCAGUUCAAAAAGGCCUAGAUGGAACGUAACUGCGGUCCUAACAAUGCAUCAUAUAAAUUUCCCCCCUUUGAUCGCCUUUUUCGGGCGCAAUGCCUCGCAAUUUCAAAAUUCGUACUAAGAGCUCCGAAUGAUUUAUUCGCGGGCCAUUAUGCCGGUCCGAAAGCGGCUUGUCGCCUAUCUGCGAACUCUUUUUCGGACAGCCUAAUUUAUGCAGUAUGUUAUUACCGACAAAGUAAAGGGAGACUGGAAUGGUCAUUUCUGGCUUAUUAGCCGUUGUCAGCCAGUCAUACCCAACCCCGAAGUGUGGAACACCCGAGGCUCGAGAGAGACAGCCCUUAAGGCACAACGAAACGAUUGAAUUCCGUAAUAACGAUCAGUGAGUGCCCCCUACCACAGUCUAAGUUAUGUUUACUGUUAGUUUUAUCAGAUGUUCUUGCAUUCCGCCGUAAUGAUGCGGGUAACUGGUGUUUUGAACUGAAGACUUAAUUAAAUGCUUGGGUCGGUAAGCGGUGUGGCUUCGGGAAACAGAUUCCGAAGCGGAAACUAUUCAAACCUUGCUGUCGCAGUCGAUUUUGUGUGCAUUUCGCAUUUAGUUUGUAUAUACAAUAGCCAGCCAAACCCAUUCACUGUUGACCGAAAUUCCGAAUUUUUUCGAUUAGGUGGAGUUGUUAUAUCGAUCAGCGUGCAGCAUAAUCCGACGAUAUAACUAGUCACGUCAAAAUGCCGGCUUUCGAAUGAAUUUCUUCCCGACCACCUAUAAAAACCACACUCGAUAAAGUAUGUCUGCUUAAGUAGUGUAUAGUCCUCAUAGAUUGUCGUUGCCUCUAUUAGUUUAAAUAUAUUUUAUAGGAAACGUGCACACAAAUUUUCUUGUGCUAAAUUGGUAGCAAAACACACCUUUAACUUUUAUUAUUGGAUAAAGUGCGUCUGGGUUAUAAAACUUCCAAUUCCCGAGUAAUUUUGAACCCGACCUACGGUCGCAUUUGCACUUAGGAUUUCCAAAAUUUAUACCGUAUACUUUUCGUGUAGAGUAAAUGAUACGUCCGUCAACACUACUAAGAAAACGUCAUAUAGGGCUCACGAAAAUUUGCGAUAGGUGUGGGCCAUGUUGUAUGCUUCAUAAGCGACAUUAAUAAUCGGACAAAAACGAUGCUCUGCGAGUCCCAGUCUCGUAGACAGAAUUGACCUCUUCAACGCGUUAACCACCUACUGCCGCUUCAAAUUUUGGCGAAAAUUUGUGAUCGACCAAAUAUAGACUAAUUCGUCACAUAUCCUGUUUCUUUAUUUAGAGCUGUUUUAGAGAGGGAUAAUCUUUAUCAGCACUCAGAAACUAGAAAUGUCAAAAGCCCAACUUAAUUACAUCUCCCCAAUUGUUAUCCUUUGCCAGCCGAGUACUGACGCUGCAAGCAGGAUCUCUCACCCCCUCCCCCCUAUUUAUCUCCCUACGCAGCUUUCGGAGGCAGCUGUUGCAGUCGCAUCCGACAGUGACAUUGCCAACACUAGGGGAGACGCAGUCGCCCACACUGAGGAUGGUGCUCCGCCGGCGAAAGCAGCCCGUCUCGAAACGGUGACAACCACUGGGGUGCGCUAUUAUUCGUCCGAUAUGGCUGACGCGGAACAGCGCGCCCUGCUGGAGGCCGCUUACGACCGCGACUGCCCGGACUGCAACCGACGAUUUGCUGAUCCACAGCUGGGCAAUCUGGUCCUCCGUUUGCACGCAUUUCGGUACUCCGGCUCCAAUUGGUCCUUCACAGCCCCACUACCCGCUUGGGCCACUGCCGAGGCUUGCGACCUGGGAGGACGUGAUCUUAACGUCGUCAUUGAGGAGCUCCUUCCACUCUUGUAG